GUGUGUACCUACUUGCCAAAAUCCCAAUGCUUAGCAGCAUCUCGUACAGUGUGUUAUCUUGACACUACGUAAAUACCCAUGAUAAAGAUAACAGGACUGUAUAUCUCUUAGAUAACACACACAACAUGGGCGUAAUGUGAUCUCUAGUAGCAAGUACAGAAAAAUAUAAGGUUUUUGAUAAAAUGUCGCUAAAGUUUUUUAUAUAUCUUGUGGCUAUUUGUAUUGUAUGUGUAAGAAGUGACGUAGAAAGUGACGAUGAGGGAAGUGGAUUUGGGUUAAAUAUGGAUGAAACAGCCGACGAGGAACCAAGUCUGAGACAAGUAACACCAUUGUUAGACGCAGAUAACGAAAUAGAUUCGACAACAAUAACAGAAAAUGAAACUGCGGAAUCCGCUGAAACAGAUCUAGUCACUAUAAAGUCGCCUUCUAUAACCAGCAAAGAAAACGAAACUGAAAUCUUUGAAGAAAAUAUUAAGACAACGAGUGAAAAAGUACCCCAGAAAGCGAUUACAACAACGAGUCCUAUUGUUACUACUAGCCGCACUAGUAGUAGUAGUAGUAGUAGUAGUAGUAGUAGUAGUAGUACUAGUGCUACCCCCAAAACUAAACCCACUCGUCCUUCUUUCAAUAUUACCACGAUUCCAGCCGACAUUUCGUCAAAAACGUCCAACAUUACUGACUCAAGCGACGGCAGUGGAAUAAGCCUAUUUAGUUCUUUUAAUUUAAACUAUUUAUAUUUCCUCCUUUUGUUAAUACCGAUCGGCGGAAUAGGCAUUUGGGUGACCUUCUUCUGCAAACGAAAGAAGCGAAAAGGUUACACCGAGGGUAAAGGUACCACUAGAAUAAACAAAACGAGAAGAAUGUCCACGCCUUCGUGGGUUUUCAGCGAACCUGAUUUCGACGACGAGGAAGUCAUCACACUGGAAGAAGAAAAAAAAUGAAUUUGUUAGUGUAACUAAAUUAUUUAAGUUUGCCUUUUUACAUAUAAAUUUUGCUACUUGCGUUAA